CUUCACCCUUGCUGACUCUUGCCUUCCGCAUCCAUGGAACCUACGCUCUUCUUGGAAACGACAUGUGAUCAGAGAUGGCCGGUGAAUAUUGCGAAUCGUCACCGACCCGUUUUGGCCGGCACAUAAGCGAACGACAAUGUCGGUAGAGGUCUUCUACACCGCGCAUGAACAUCCACAACUCCAUGCCACGAAACCUCCUGGACCCUCUGUCCGGUGCAUUCUGAGGUACCUCGCCGAAGGCGGUGCGAACUUUGUGUUCCACAUAUUGCCACGGACCUCCGACGAUGCUCUACCGCCCGCUCUCGAGGGGAGAGUACUCCGCUUGCGUAAGGAUCUUCCUCAUGUCCAGAGCGCCAAGGAGCAGGCCGAAGCUUUCCAACGGCACUUCGAACCUCUAUUUGCGCCGCAGCAUCUCGUCCAGCCCGAGCUCAUAGCCCUUGGCGACGGCUUCUCGUCUCUGGUCAACGCAAGCCUCGCAACCCUGGAAAGAUCUGCCGGCCGCGACACCCACUCCCUCUCUCGACACGAAACAUAUGCAUUAUUACUCGCCGACAUGACCUUCAACGCUCCUUGUACGGGGUUCCAGAUGAAGCCCAAGUGGUUGGCUCCAUCUCCGAGCGCUCCCCAUGGGGCGAAGCGAUGCCGCACAUGUGCUUUGCGCGCAUCGCGAGUCGCUCACCAGCGCUCUACUCCCACCGAUGCCCAAGCAUUCUGUCCGUUGAUGCUCGUCAGCGAUGAUCCCCGGGACAGAGAAACCGCUGCAAAGAUGGUCACGAGCUGCCCCGUUCUUCAACGCUUCCUGACUUACGAUGCAUCCAGCUUAUUCUCAACGCUGCGUGAGGGUCAAACCACCUUUGAUCCUCGGGGAGUAUUGGCGCUUACCGCGGAUGCAAGUGCCGUAAAUGAAUUGUGCAAAGCCAUGACGUUGAGAGACUGCACGCUUUUCGCCAGGCAUACCUCUCAUGGGCCGGUCGAGGCACGCUUGGCAGACCUGGAUCUAAAGCAGCCUGCAAAGCUCCCACAAUGGGCCAAAAUCGAGCAAACCUUGACCGAGCAAGGCUGGUACACCAACGAGGAGGAUCCGCAACAUUGGAGUAGAGAGCUCAUGUGCCAAUUGUCUCGAGGGGUCAAAGGGGUAUAAACCUACCCUCAUCUGAGAGCCUUGAUCGUUUUCUAUGCACGACAAUCAACCAUCAUCUCACGUUCGUCGCCAAUCCCCAAAUUGGCCGCGGAAGAAGAUGGCAAUGUCUCAAUAGCACAU